CAUUGACAUCCGCGCCAAGCCCUCACUAGGUUCCCCUCUCUUCUGCAUCGUCCUAAGUUGGGUAAAAUCAGGAUAAACGAAUUGCGUGAGACCCUAUGUCGACCUCGACCUUCCAACCAGAGUAAAGUAGCAAUUGUUGAUAGGACCUUUUCCUGCAAGAUCUCAAGUCUGGUUGCGUGUGGCCGAUGCUACUUGAUCCCGGAAGAGCUACUCCGUGCGCAGAUCUCGCGUGAUGAACUAGACAUAUAAUUCCCCUCACGUCCGGUGAGGAGUACGUGAUCGCACAUCUGUACAUCUUCGUUGAAGUAAAAGCCAAAUGCUUGAAGCAAGCUAAGAUGUUCGAUUCAUUUCUAGCGCGAUAUAGAGUAUCCGUACUCUUCGUCGUUGGUCUGCUGCUGUCCGUCAUCCCACAGUAUGCAGCAGCACGAGCUGUGCAAGGAUCACAGGAAGCUAUUCGAGCGACAACAACUCGAGAACGCAUUGACAUUAAUGCCGACUGGAAAUUCGCACGAUUCACAAAUAACCCAGAUUCGCUUUCUUACAGCGUACUAAAGAAUUGGAUUCUCCCCUCAGCCAACAGUUUCAUCAACGGGACCAAAUAUGUACGCCCUUCGGGAACGCCUCCAGGAAAUAACGUCCAAUAUGUGAAAGCCGAGUUUGACGACAGCAGCUGGGAGGCUCUGAACUUACCUCAUGACUGGGCAGUGAAAGGGCCGUUCAACGCCCCCGGCAUCAGCGGUGGGGAGGGUCGUCUGCCUUCCAAUGGUGUAGGAUGGUACCGUAAGACAUUGUCAUUCGCAAAAGAUGAUCUGACGAAGACCCUUUUCCUGGAUAUCGACGGCGCCAUGUCGUACGCUGCAGUCUGGUUGAAUGGGAAUCUAGUCGGGGGUUGGCCAUAUGGUUAUAAUUCAUUCCGUCUCGACCUGACACCUUAUGCAAAGGAGGGUGCCAAUCAGAUCGCCAUUCGGCUCGAUAAUGCGCUUAGCUCCUCUCGAUGGUAUCCUGGAGCUGGUAUCUACCGAAAUGUGUGGCUUGUCAAAGUCAAUCCCGUACAUGUACGCCAAUACGGUACAUAUGUUACGACCCCAAAAGUGUCUGCCCAGUCAGCCACAGUUAAUCUAGCAGUGAAUGUGGAUAAUACAGGUACCACGUCGCAGCAAGUCGAUGUAGUGACCGAAGUUCAUUUAGCCGACGCUACGACAGGAAAGCUUACAGGAAAUGCAGUAGCCAGGUUUCCUGUCAAGUCUUUAACAAUCGCGCAAGGGGCAACGCAAUCUAUCAGUUCUUCCAUUACGAUAGAUAGUCCGCUGCUUUGGGGGCCACCACCAACACAGAAGCCAAACCUCUAUGUCGCCGUGACUACUGUGAGUGCUGCAAAUGCUACAGUCGAUACAUAUGAGACGCGCUUCGGUCUUCAAUCCCUUACAUUUGAUGCAAACAAAGGACUCCUCGUGAAUGGGGAACAUGUCUAUGUUCAAGGGACAUGCAACCACCACGAUCUGGGUUCAAUAGGUGCAGCUUUUAACACAAGAGCCCUAGAGCGUCAAUUUCAGAUUCUAGGAGAGAUGGGGAAUAAUGCUUUCCGCACGUCUCACAAUCCCCCGGCCCCUGAAUUCCUAGAACUUGCCGAUCGCAUGGGUUUUCUAGUAUACGAUGAGAUAUUCGAUGUUUGGCAGCAACAAAAGACAACAAACGACUUUCACUUGAUAUUCUCCGAUUGGAGCGAGCCUGAUCUCCGGUCAUUCAUACGAAGAGAUCGUAAUCACCCCUCUGUAAUCGCAUGGGGUAUCGGUAACGAGAUCCCCGAGCAGACCAGCUCAACCGGCAGUACCAUAGGUCGACGGUUACGAGGCAUAGUCCAGUCAGAAGACCCUACGCGGCCAACAACCUCAGCAUUAAACUCUGCUGGGCCGACUGCAGGUCUUGUCGGUGUUUUAGACAUCAUAGGCUUGAACUACCAAGGUGAAGGGCAAGGGACGUCGACAGAUGGGUCAUUUCCACGUUUCCACAGCGCACAGCCAAACAAGAUGAUCUGGAGUAGUGAAUCUUCGUCGGCCCUAAGCACACGGGGAACAUACAUCUUCCCCGUUACGAGUGCCAACAGCGCCACUGUAGGAACUGGUUCAGGCGGUAACGCAACAUCCCUGCAAGUCAGUGCCUACGAACUAUACGCGACGAGUUGGGGUUCAUCGCCUGAUAAAGUCUUUGCGGCACAAGAUAAGUAUCCUUAUGUAGGUGGAGAAUUCGUUUGGACGGGAUUCGAUUACAUCGGUGAGCCAACACCUUACGACACAUCUCGUAGCUCGUACUUCGGCAUCGUUGAUAUGGCCGGUUUCAAAAAAGAUCGUUUCUACUUGUACCAAGCGCGGUGGCGUUCCGACUACCCGAUGGCUCACAUCCUCCCCCAUUGGACUUGGCCAGACCGUGUAGGACAGGUGACUCCUGUUCACGUAUUUUCGUCUGCUGACGAAGCGGAACUGUUUGUAAACGGAGUAUCGGCCGGUAGAAAGAAGAGAGCCCAAUCCACUUGGCGCUUCCGAUGGGAUGAUGUCAAGUAUCAACCCGGUGAAAUACACGUGGUGGCGUACAAGGGCGGUAAGGAGUGGAGUACAGACACCAAGAGGACUGCUGGUGUGGCGGCCAAGAUGAACAUAACGGCCGAUCGGACUAACAUCGCCGGCGAUGGUUACGAUUUAUCAUAUGUCUCGGUCGCCAUCGUAGAUGCGAAGGGGGAUCUCGUACCACAGGCCAGUAAUAACGUCACAUUCUCCAUUACUGGCCCGGGAAAGAUCGUAUCAACAGACAAUGGGAAUCCCUCUGAUUUCACCGUCUUUCCAUCUCCUAGCCGUAAAGCAUUCGGUGGCCUUCUCCUCUCAAUCAUUCGGCCAAAUGCUGGAGCUUCGGGGGAUAUUGUUGUAUCUGCUAGUUCACCUGGCCUGCCUAGCGCAUCGUUGACCUUACAUGCGGGGUAGCCCGACCAAGCUCAGUGUAUCUUGAUUAGGUGUAGAUACAACUAAUUGACAGCCUUGUUCGCUUCAUACUGUAUAUCUACGUCUAGGGACGGCAUAUUAUAUUGACCAGCGACCGAUGAAGAGUUGGCCAAGCAGCGUUGUUCGACAUGUUUCCAGGUUGGCAUAGAGUAUACGAGACUCAUCAUUGGGUCAGCAUAAAA